CGAGGCCCCCCCCUGCUCCUCGGGGAGGGGGCGUUGCACCUCCGCUGCCGAGGCCAUGACGUCAUGGACUAUGCUAAUGACUAGCAUGUGAGGAGCGGGGGCUCCGCGGGGCGCGCGGCUCACUUGUGCCUGAGAAGCAGGCGGGGAGAGACGCGGCUCCGACGGCGCGCCCGGACGCCCCGCCGCUCUUGCUCCGUGCCGCCGGGGCCGCCUUCGCUGGUGCGCGGGCUCGCCAUGGCCCUGCCCGGGCACCGCCAGGCGCCGCCGCUGCCGCCGCCUCCGCCCCCACCUCCAUCACCGUCUCCUCUUCCUUCUCCUCUUCAGUAAAGGGUCAACCAAAGCCGGCGAAAGAAGGAAGGCGAGCGAGAGGGCGGCUUACGCGACAGCCAGUUGUGAAGGCUUCUAUUUUCUCCACUUCCCCCCAGCGAGGAAUGCUGUGACUGUGGAUGGUCCAGAACGCUGCUGCUGCUGCCCGAGGAAGGAGAGCCAGCAGCCAGGCCAGCCCUGGGCUAAAAUAGCCAGACGGGGAAGAGCAAGGAGGGAGGGGGAAGCCAAACCCAGAGAAGAAAACAGCUACAUAACACACAUCCCCUCACAACAUCUUCACACAUUGCUGUGCCUUGUUGAGAAAUACAGCUAUAUAAGUCCACACACAGAAACCACACAGCGUGUCUGUUUUCCUUUGCCACCAUGUGUCAUCGUCUCUGGCAGAAUUAAGAAGCAGCCGCUGGCAUUUUGGCCUGAAAAAGGGACGUGUGAGGAGGAAGAAGAGCAAGCAAACCUCAGGAUCCGUCUGCAAACAUCUGUCCUAUUUCUGCAGUGACAACGUUGUAAAGUGGACGAGAGAUUUUUUUUAAAAAAAAGGUGUGAGUGGGAAGAAAAAAGGAACUUCUAGGGGAUUUGCCUACUUUUUUUUCCUUGCAAAAAACAAAAGACGUAUCAGAAAGAGAGAGUGCUGCACACAGAUUUUUCUGUUCUCAAUAUUGCACGCGGACGUUCACUUGCACAGACACCAACCAUGAUGUUUCGAGACCAGGUUGGAGUGUUGGCAGGUUGGUUCAAAGGCUGGAAUGAGUGUGAACAGACUGUUGCUUUGCUUUCCUUAUUGAAGCGGGUGAGCCGGAGCCAGGCCCGUUUCCUUCAGCUCUGCCUUGAGCAUUCCCUGGCUGACUGCACAGAACUGCACGUUCUGGAAAAUGAAGCCAACAGCCCUGGAAUCAUUAACCAGUGGCAGCAAGAAUCAAAGGACAAAGUAAUUUCUCUGUUGCUCACCCAUCUGCCUUUGCUGAAGCCAGGAAAUAUUGAAGGAAAAGUGGAGUACAUGAAACUACUUCCCAAAAUCCUGGCCCACUCGAUUGAACACAACCAACACAUAGAGGAGAGCAGGCAACUCCUGUCCUAUGCUUUGAUCCAUCCUGCCACGUCCCUGGAGGACAGGAGUGCUCUUGCCAUGUGGUUGAACCACUUGGAGGACCGCACAUCUGGUACUUUGGGCAGCCAAAACAGAGGCCGGUCUGACUCGGUGGAUUAUGGGCAGUCACAUUACUAUCACCAAAGACAGAACUCGGAUGAUAAGCUCAACGGGUGGCAGAGCUCCCGGGACUCUGGCAUAUGUGUGAAUGCCUCCAGCUGGCAAGAUAAAAACCUGGGGUGCGAGAAUGGUCACCUCCCUCUCUAUUCCUCGUCCUCCGUUCCCGCAACCAUCAACACGAUUGGGACUGGCACAGGCACAAUUCUCUCAAGUCAGACCCAUCACAGCCCUCUGAAACGGUCUGUGUCCCUCACCCCACCCAUGACCGUGCCUAGCCAGCCCCUGGGACACGGAUGGAUGUCUCACGAGGACUUGCGGGACAGAGGACCCCAGGGCAUCCCUUCCGAUCACGCCCCUCUGUCUCCGCAAAGCAGUGUAGCUUCUUCAGGGAGUGGUGGCAGCGAACAUUUAGAAGAUCAGACUUCUACCCGUAACACAUUCCAGGAAGAAGGGAGUGGUAUGAAAGAUGUUCCUGCCUGGCUCAAAAGUCUUCGCCUCCACAAGUACGCUGCCCUUUUUUCCCAGAUGACAUACGAUGAAAUGAUGUCCUUGACUGAAUGUCAGCUUGAGGCUCAAAAUGUUACCAAAGGUGCAAGGCAUAAGAUUGUGAUCAGUAUCCAAAAGUUAAAAGAGAGGCAGAACCUUCUCAAAUCCCUGGAAAGAGAUAUUCUAGAAGGAGGCAAUCUGCGCCUCCCGCUGCAGGAGCUUCACCAAAUGAUCCUUACCCCAAUCAAAGCAUACUCUUCUCGGAACCUGAUGGUGGAUGAGCACAGCCGGGAUUCUCAGCUGCAUCGACCAACUUCUCUGAUUGGCUCAGACAACCCAGGGCCAGAUUGCAAGGACUCUGCCUCAGGAGGGAUACAGCAUCACACCUUACCAGGUUGUGAGGGAGAAUCUGGAGGGGCCCCUUUGCCAGAAGGGGACAUCCCAGGACACUUUACUAAAGUGAUGGGGAAAGUUUGCACCCAGCUCCUUGUCUCCAGACCUGAUGAGGAGAAUAUAAGCUCCUAUCUGCAACUCAUAGACAAAUGCCUAAUUCAUGAGGCAUUUACAGAGACACAGAAGAAAAGACUGUUGUCAUGGAAACAGCAGGUGCAAAAACUAUUCAGGUCUUUCCCUCGCAAAUCCAUCUUAGAUCUCUCGGGAUACCGGCAGCAAAGAACCCGAGGUUUUGGCCAGUCAAACUCCUUACCAACAGCUGGAUCUGCAGGUGCAGGAAUGGGCAGAAGAAACCUACGCCAGUUCCAAAUUCCCUCCCGGAAUCUCCCCCCCACGCGGCUGGGGCUUUUGGGUCCCAGUGGCCUCCUAGGAGCCGGCCAGCGCAAUGGAGCUGCCAAUCCCACCAUCUUAAAGCAAGGAAGACAGAAUCUUUGGUUUGCAAAUCCAGGGGGAAGUAACAGUAUGCCCAGCCGAAGCCAUAGUUCUGUGCAAAGGACCCGCUCGCUGCCUGUCCACACCUCUCCGCAGACAAUGCUUAUGUUUCAGCAACCUGAGUUCCAGGUCCCAGUGACAGAACCUGAUAUCAAUAAUAGGCUGGAGUCCUUGUGCCUCAGUAUGACUGAACACGCCCUGGGAGAUGGUGUUGACAGAACCUCAACUAUCUAGAAGAUGGAAGAAUCUGCAGUGACAGCGCUGGCCGUGAGAAAAUUUGGCUGCUGGACCAGUGGUAGAUUUGAUGAUGAGUCCCUUGUCAUGCUAAGGAUCCCUGGAGAUACUCUGCAUCCUUUUCAUUGCUGUUUCCUUCUGUUCUUCUCUCUGCCUUCUCUCUCUUCUCCAUCUCCAUUUUCAUUUUGUGAAGGGCUGCUUAUCUUAAAGGUUAUGUCAGAAGCAACACAGCAGCUGUGUCAUCGGAGACAGUGCACACACAAAGAAAACAUUUGGAGGAAGCAAAGGAAGUUGGGGGGCUUCACCUAAGGGCUGGCAUCCUGGUGCAUGUCUUAAAUGUAUCUAAGGGCAGGCAUCUUAGUAGCAUGGGUAUAGGCAAGAGAUCUCCAGUGGAAUUGGGGUCGAGAGGGGCGUGUUAGAUGCAAGUCUUCUGUAUGAAAAAGGAGACACUUAAGUAUGUUAUUGAAGCAUGGUCAAGAAGAGGGGAAUAACACAUUGGCUGUCUGUAAAUAUGAGCUGUAUUUCACUGACAUUCAAACCAUAAUGGGAGCUGUGGUUUCACUGAGUGGGAUGGAAAGGAAACACAAAGGUCCAAUUGGUUUUGCCUCGGUGACAUUCAAAAGACUAGCUUUGAAUCCUGAGCAUUGUUUACACAUGAAGGUGGAUAGAAAAGAGCAUGUUGCACGUGCUUCAAACUCCACCUUCCUUCUUCUCCUGCAGAGAAACAAUAGGGUAAGCCAGCCAAGUUUCCAAGCUUGCCCUUGGAGAGCCAUCAUGCAUGGCCAAAAUUCCUGCUGUCUGGGAAACUACCAGUGCCCCAGUCCCAAUUGCCAGGUUCCUGUAUGAGAUUGUAUGUACAUGGUGCAGGUGACAUCUCUCGAGAGAUCCAGUGGCCAGGAUAAGGGCACCCCCAGAAGGAAGGGAAGCCGGCAGGUUCAGCUAGUCCAAGAAACAGAGCCCUGUGAUCUUGGAGGAACCAGGGAUUCCCACUUUCCUUCUCAUCUUGCCAUAAUAAUAGAUCUUUUGCAUGGUACCUGUGUGUGUGUGUGUGUGUAAUUUUUUUUUCUUUUUGGCAUCAUAGCAGGUUUUGCCUUUUUAAAUAAUGUCAAACUUCUAGAGGAUUUCAGGCACUUGUAACUUUUUUCUUGACUUUCCAAGCUGGGCCAGAGCAGGAUGCCAAAGAAAUGUAGAGCAGAAAGAAGAAAAGUUGAAGAGAGGGUCCUGUUCCUUUGAUUUUGUGUGAAUGAGAGAGAGAGAGAGAGAAUUUUAAAGAUGCUUCAUUGGGAUUUGGCACUAGAGCAUUGGGAUGCUCAAGAAUAGGUUUAUGCAAGUUAGUGCCAUCUUAGAGAAGACUUCUCUAAAGAUUUUUUUUUCUGGAAAAGCAGAGGAGUAUACACCAUGGAGAUUUUUUCUUGAUCUUGGUUUGGUAGCAUUUGAAAUUUGGAAGUUAGGGAAGCAAAUUUACAACAUCUGUUCCACCACUAACUUUUUCCCCAUUCUGAAGUAUUAUCUACUAUCUGAUGUGCUUGGUACAUAACACUAAGAAACAGAGUAAAAUAAGCUGCUAUUUGGAUGGAGCACCAUGGUACGGAGAGGGGAGGGUUCUUUGAACCUCCAAGCUCUACACUAGAAGCCCUGUACAUUUAACUGGGACCCAGAACAUCAGUCAAACAGCAAGAGGUUGGAAAACCUUGGCUUUGAAUCACUUGGGUUGUCCAAACAAUGUUCCCUUUUCACUUUAUAGAGGCCACUGGAUCUCGCUCUGGGGACCACCAAGAAUUAAGCUUACCUGUCAAGUAGUUUGGAGGGCUUAGGUUUACUGAGGCUGUGAAUACUUAUUUUCUUCCAAGUAGGUAUACAGAGAUGGAAAUGAUCAGCUAAACUCAGAAGAUCUUUUGAGAUCAGUCUGACCUAAUGUAAAUGUUGACAUGUUUCAGGUAGGAGGCCCAGUUAUUUAAAUCAAAAAAAGGUCAGGUGAAGCAAAGAUUCCAUUUCUUUGCUUGCUUUGUGAAGUAACUGGAGGAAGUAUCAUUUUCAGAUAGUAGAUUGUGCUUUUCCUAGGCCUGAGUCACAUGGGAAGGAAGGAUAAAUAAAGCCAUGGGAGAUGCUACUAUCAGCCUAAAUUGGACUCUUGUUUCUCAAUCUCAGCAACUUUAAGAUACGUGGACUUCAACUCCCAAAAUUCCCCAGCCAACAAAGUUUCUGAGAUUGAGAAACACUGUUCCAGGAUGUGGUUCUGUUGAACAGCAGGCCCUGCUCUGUUUCCAUAAACCUGACAAGAAGUUGAGCUUGAGGUCAGGAGGGGCAGUUAAGCCAGUGCAGAGAGGGAGAGCUGUGGAUGGAUAGGUCAUGGGGAAAGGAAGCUGGAAAGCAGUCCACUGGGUUGCACACAGCUACCCAACACUGCUAUCAUUUCUUGCUGCAUUUUUCCCCACCACAACUUCUGUUGGGCCUGGCCUAGUCUGGCUUCAGAAGCCAAACCAGCAUGUCUUCAAAAGCAGUUUCUGUAUAAACCUGAAAGAGAAGCCAAAUCACAAAGAAAGUUAAGCUUCGCACAUCAGCGGUUCUGGAAUUUGCUCGUAGUUGUUCUGCCUCAUCUGAGGAAGACUCUUGUUACUUGAGGCUCCCUGGACUUGUUCAGACAUUGAAUUGUUCAGGGAAGGGACCUUCCAAAAGCAUUAUGACUGGAGGAAAACGGCAUGUGAUUACAGCCUCACAACUAUUGUGUUUUAACUCAGAGAUGAGAAACAGUGUGCACCAUGUGCAGUUGCUGCCAAUACCCCUUUUAUGCUCCUCCCAAGCAUCCCUAGAGGCUUUUUGCCCAUAGAGGAAACGAAAGGGCAGAAUGGGGUGCCUUAAGCCUCUAGGAGCAAAGAUACUUAUUUCACACCUUAAACCUGCCAACUCACAUCAAGGCCAAAAUGGUGAUGACUUCAGCCAUGUUCACUGCCAUCUGCAGAGCCUGCCCUCAGGCUGUUCUCUGUUUUAGCCUACAUUUUCCUACUGCUAUUCUAAUUAUGUGCUGAGGGGAAGAGAUGGCUUUUAAAUAGAUAUAUGUACAUAAGUGGAAACGUGAUACGUUUCAAUGCAUCACAUACCAGACAAUACCAAGUGAUAAGGUGUCACUUGGAAAUCGGUGUGUCAUUUCACCAUUUCUGAUCAUAGCAGUACAGAAAUAAUCUGUGCCUCAGCUCUACUGGUAACUCUCCAGUCCAUUCACCUAAUAACAAGUUUAUGUUUUAGUAUGAAUAGUUUCCUGUUCCUCCCAUGGAAGAAAAAUAGCCGUGCAUCUUCUCGCCCAGAGGCAUCCUUAGUCCUUGGGUGCGUGUGACAGUGCCAAGCAACAAACUGCAUACAGUGAACAGUAAACCAGUUUGAAACGAAUUGCAUCAUCAUGGCUUCUUGCAUUGGGAAUUGUAGUGUUGUGAAGGUGCUGAAGAUUUGUUGUGAUGAAGCCUAUGUUACAGAUUUAAAUUGGUUUGAAACUAGUGCUAAAUAGGUAUGGCUUCCUACUCUCCGCUUCCCAGUUGUGUGAGAAUCCUGAGCUUUCCGUGUUCUUUAAUUUCAACUCCAAUACAGAGGCAAAUUUCCCAGGGCCCACAAGUGGGAAGACCUAACAGUGAAACCAGCAUGAAAGUGGACAUGCCCAAAAUGUGAUGCAGUAAGGCCUGCUUCAGUAAGUCUGUGGUGCAUAUUGCUGUGUUUUUUCCCCAAAUAGGGAAUCCAUUUUUGAUAGUAGACAUUUUCUCCAUCUAAUCAAACCUAACUCAGUGCCAAACAUCUGCUGCUGCUGCUGCUGCUGCUGCUGCUGCUUUUUGGCUAGAAAGGGGAGGGAGCUGAAGGGCUGCUUCUCAAACUCUGUAACUGUUUUAUUAUUAUUUUUUAAAAUUGAGCCUAUAAAUGAGAGAGAGAUCAAAAUAUCUUUCAGAUAACAGUAUUUUAAAGAAUUAAAACUGAUAUUUCUGAGCAAAAGUGCCAAAAUACUUCUUUGUUUUGUUUUGUUUCUUUCACGUUUUUCUAGAAUCCAUAUUAACAAGGAAGGAAAACAUGGUUUUAUGUUUAGUAAAGAAGGAACGCGGUGAUGGAGGGAAAGAUUUUGGAAAGUGAUUUUUAAGGCACAUGAGAAAGACAUAAUCUGCCAGGCUAGUUUUAGGCAGAGGCUGUUUUGCGACUGAUGGAUUUACAUACUGUUUAUUGCAGUGCAAUGUUCAUUGCUGUAGAUCAGCCUUCCCCAACCUAAGGCCUUCCAGUUGUUGGACCCAUUGAAAAUUCCCAACCAGCAUGGUACGUGGCCAUAGAAGUGAGGAAUUCUGGGAGUUGCAGUGCAACAUUGCUGGAAGAGAUCAGGUUAGGUGAGGCUGCUAUGUAAAAUAGGCUGAUUGGUUGCGCUAGGAUAAUUGUCAGGAAAGCAGGUGGCAUAGUGUAGAAACCAUGGGCUUGAGUAUUUUGGAAAUCUACAAACCAUGCACUUGUGCAGGAAUCUGGGCUGGGGGGAGGAGAAGUAAGAAAAAGACAUUGCUCCUCAAAAUCAGGGUGCUGUGGUAGAUUCAGGGAGCUUUAGUCCAUCUAUGUCUGGAGGGCACCAUGUUGGGGAAAUCUGGUCAAAAUAUUUACAAAUCUGAAAUGUUUAUUUAUUCCUUUGCUGAAUAUAGAAAACAGAGGUUAUCUGAUUAUUAAGAUAUAUUAUUUUGGAUAGACAUAUGACUUAUAACUUGCUAUGGCUGGUACCCAUGAUAAAAUUCUGGUAUUAAUAACCAUAUACAUUUUUCUUCUAUUUUUCCCUCUUUUAAUAAGAGAACUUAUUUUCCAUUAACACUGUGUAAGUACAUUGCUAAGUUGAGCAUGUUUCUGUAUCUUGUGUACUGAAAAGAGGCUUCAGAUACAUUUUAGAAGUCACCACCCCAAGUUUCCUCUUAAAUCCUGUAUUGAGUGCAGGUAGAAAACACAGAAGAUUAAAAAAAAAUCUAUCCAGAACUAUCCAAAAUAAAAUUAAAUGUAUUUAUAAAAAAAUAGUUGCAUGCUGAAGGCCAUGGAAGUCAAAUGUUUAGUAUUUUUUUAAAAAGUGGCAGUGCCUUUCGUUUUUGUAUUUACCAUUUAUUGCCGAAUGCAACUGUUUUAUAAUAAGCAAUUAUAUGAUAGUUUCAGAAAUUGCAGACUAUUUCACUACAUAGAAAUGUGUGUUCUAUUUUUUUUUCUUGUUCUCAUUACAAGAGUGUGUAAGCUGGAUACCUCUGCCUGCUCUGCCAGAGACAACUUUUACUAUGCGGUUAUCAUGUAUGAAAUUUAUAUUGGUGCUUUUCUUUCUAGUGAUUUAUGACAAUUGUUAAAUGGGGAAAUACAAACAAAUUUAUGUAACGGAAUUGGGGGUGUGAGGGUAAGGGGAUGAACUCUAGUUUUUAUGCUGCUUUGAAAUUUAUUUGAAGGAUAGUAGCUGACAAGAGGAAAAAUCCAAUAACACAACGGGUUAGGCAUUUUCACUCUUACUUUCUGCACUGUGAUAACUUUUGUACUGCAGCACAAAGCAGUCCGGCACUUUGAAGUGUCCUUGACUGUGAUUCACACUGCAAAAAUAAACUGUAGACCACAGGUCUUAAUGGUGGUCCUUUGGCUAAUUAUUACAUUCAGAAAAGAGCCCGAUUAUGUGGCAAUGGGAGAUAACCACCAUUCAAUGUGCUGCUUUGUCACCAAUCAGCAUGUACUCCUUCUCAUGACCAUUGUUAAACGGAAAUUCCCAAUUAUCGAUGCCCCAUGCUAAUUAGUCAGGAUAACAUUGGGGCCUUCCAGCUCAGCACCCAAAAUGUCUAGUCAUACAUCGUGCGACAUCAAGCAUACUAGAGAUUUAAAGAUUGGUCAUCAAGACUCAACCUUGGCCUGCUUAGGUAAUAAACACAGUUUGAGAUUAGUAGCAUCUAAUCCAGUGCUUCUCAACCUCAGCAACUUUAAGACGGGUGGACUUCAACUCCCAGAAUUCCCCAGCCAGCAAGGCUGGCUGGGGAAUUCUGGAAGUUGAAGUCCACCCGUCUUAAAGUUGCUAAGGAUGAGAAGCACUGUUCUGAUCUAAUGGCUUGUUAGUGCACAGAAAGGCUUUGGAGCUUCACACAAGAACAGAUUUGUAGACUUCCACAUAGAGCUCCAUAAACAAGAAGCUUAUUCAGAGCAUCUUGUUUGUUCUGGAACCCCACAGGGAGUGGGAUUAGUUGGAGGAGUUGGGAUUCAGUACACAAAUGUCCCAUCCAUAGAUAACAAGACCCUGUGUUCGUUUUUUGUGGCAGACUCAGAGGCAUCUGCAGGUGGCAGUCACAGGGGACAGAUAACAUAAGCAGCAUUGCCCUGUCACAAUGGAAGCUCCACUCCUUUGGUGUAUGUGUUGUGAAGUUGCAUGCAUGUAAGAAAAAGGCAGAGUCUAUGGUGAGCUGCUGCUUUUGUCCUACUGAUGAAAACCUCCUAUCUUGCCAAUUACUUGACAAGCUUGAGUAUCCAAACUCAAGAAGUCUGCAACCCACCUAUCAUCAAGCAGCCCCUUUAUAUUCUCUAGACAUUGGGCUUUGGCAGUGCCUUUUCCUCUUGUCUAAGAUGAGGCCAAGAAAGAAAAAUAUCAAAGAAAACAAAUCUUUCCUUGUGUCAUUUGCUGUUCCUUUUUGGCAACUGGAACCUUUUCCAGUUUGAAACCAAGAUGCAACCCAGACCUUUUCCUCUAUUGUCCUGGGAACAGGCAGGAGAAGAACUUUCCUUGAUAGCCAGCUCUACUCCCAGAACAAAGAAUUGUUUUGAUGAGAAACAUACAACUUUGUCAAUGUUUGGCUUGUCUGUGGCUGCAGAAUUAUGCUCUGAUUUGGCCCUAGAACCCAGGGUCCACCUUACAGUCAACAGUGUUUCUCUUCUCCUCCUCCUCCUUCCCUGGGUUUCAAGGAGCUAAAUUACAAGUUCUGAAUGUUCUUGUUUCCCCUUCCUCCUCUCACUUAGGAACACCCAAACUGUGACAUAAUGGCACUGUGCCCAUAUCCCUUCUCAUUAGCUAUUGGCUGCAGGAGCAAGUGUUGCAUCCUGUGUUUUCACUAGACAUGAUGGGGAAGAGGAACAAAGAGAUUUUCAGAACAGUAGCAGGUCCAUCUCGCUUGUAGCAUGUAGUGAAUACCAUCCCCUUCCCUCCUCCCCAGUCAAGGGUCUUCUGGAUGUGCCUGAUUCUAAGAAGUAGAAAGAGUAGAUCUUGUAGAAAGUAUAAUUUGCACACAGCUACGAUAACACUAAAGUUGAUUUUAUACAAGUCAUCAGAGUUUGCAAAGUGAGUUUUAUUUUUUGUAUUCCUUUAAUCUUUACUUAAAAGGUGAAUGUGUAUUCCUCUGGGAGGAAUUGCAAGAAAACAGGAAUGUUAAUAAAUGUUUAAAAAUAAAACAGAAUACUUCCUCCCUUAUUAAUAUAUAACCCUUAUGUAUUUAUGCCUACUGUAAGCAAAUGAAAAAGCUUGGAUUUCCAUUUUGUUGCAUGCCUGCUAUCGGCAAAAAUGAAAAAAGAGCCUUCUAUUGUACAUGCAUGCAUUUUAGUCUUGAUCUCUUUUUUUUUCUAUUUUAUUUUAUUUUAUUUUAUUUUGGUUAGGGGGAAGCGUGUAUUUCCUCUGCAUAAAGUUAGUGCACAAAGAAAUAUUUUUGCCUAGUUAAUGUUGCCAAGCAAUGCAUAUUUUUAAAAGAAAUUUGUCAUAUAUGGAAAUAGCAUGUUUGUUUACAUGUAUCAGCUUCCUGAUUAAUCAGAAGAAGAAGGAGGGGCAGGGGAAAAAGUCCAAUGUUUGGGGAUGCUGUAAUUUCUUUGCAAGUGUACAGUUUUCAAUUUGUUGUUAUUACUGGUGAAACACCCUUGUGAUUUCAACUUGCUACAAUAUAUAUUUAUUACUUGUUCUCCUUCCAUGUAACUAGGAACCAUGCCUAUGUUUCAUAUCAACGUUAUAUUGAAAGUGAAGGGAGAUGAUUAAUACAAGAUUUUGUAACAUU